AAUGCUGGUUCUCCUACACGUGUAUGACACAUGUAUGUGUCUGUUAAAAACAGUUACAGUCAAACUAACCAGGUUCAGGAGACACUCAGGAUAGAGGACUACUCUGUCAGCCAGACUACACUGGACAAUGUGUUUGUGAACUUUGCCAAGAAGCAGAGUGACAUCUUUGACGACUCUGUCCCGGCGGAGAGCACCACGCCGUCGCCACGGCGAUUUCGACUGUUCCGGCGGCGCACGGAGACGGAGAUGCAGCCGAUCGUCCUGUCUGAGGAGUCGCUGGACCAGGAGGAGGAGGCCGUGUCCAUCCAGCUGGAACAGUCCAUGGCUCGCCUGGACUUCAUUGACUCUACUUGUUGAGAACCAAUCUGCGCCAUUGUGAAGA